AGCAUACAUCACGAUAUUCGCAGAUUUCCAUCGCAGUUUUGCGGUCACGCCGUGAAAUAUUUAUUACAUUCAGUGUUGGCCCCAUCUGCGUCGAGUCAUAAUAAAUUAUUCCUUCAAGCUUAUAAGUAAUCCGAAGGUGAUAUUUAACGAGAGCAGGCGUUUUCAUAUCGUCACGCACCGUUUUAAUCCAUUUCAAUUUGUUCUAAAUUGAAUUCUUACCAAACCGCUUCUUAAUUUCCAACGCGUUCAACCGAAAAUGUUUGGCGGCACCGGGCGUUUGUUGUCAUUGCACCAGGACGAUGCACCUCGCAGGGGAAGUUUUCUUGGAAUGAAUUUUCAACUAACAAGCAGAGGCAGCAUUCAACUUGUUGAAGGAGUCGAUCAGCGUCUUCCGUUAUGCACGUCGGAGACAUUCGUAAGCGGCCGCCGAGUGAAAAUUCUUAUCCGGGGCGAGCUCUUCGAAACAUUCGAAGAGACAUUAAUGAAAUUUCCAGACACAUUGCUGGGGUCGCGUCGUAAACGACGCCAACAUUACCAACCAGAAAAGGAUGCUUACGUCUUCGAAGAACGUAACAAGUUCGCAUUUAACGCGAUUUUAUUUUUUUACCAAUCUGGGGGUAUUCUAGCCAAGCCAGAAGACGUACCUUUUACUAUUUUUACAAGAGAACUUGAGUUCUUUGAAUUAGUGGAUUACUUUCCAGCAUGUUGGACCCUCAAAGCCGUGCCAGUGGAACUACCAAAGAGCCCAUGGCAAAAGACUUUAUGGAGCCUUUUUCAAGACCCAAAAAGUUCGACAGUUGCCAUGCUAUUUUCAUGGAUAUCUUUUUCCUUCAUAGUAAUCACAACGGCGAUAUUUUGUUUUGAAACCACUAAAAUAGGGUAUUUAUUGUUGUGUAAAAACAACGGUACCGUUCCGAAUGUUAAAGCCCCAAUCUGUGUCCAAAAUACAGAAUGGUUUAUCGUAGAUAGCGUUAUAACCGCUUGGUUUGUACUCGAGUACGCUGCAGGCUUGUUGACUGCGCAGCGAAAAGUCAAGUUUGUCUUCUCCUUCCUCGGUGUCAUUGACCUUCUUUCGAUUCUUCCCUACUUUGGAAUUUUAUUUUUAGACACAGACGGCGAAGCCCAGUUUCAUAUGCGUGCGCUUCGACUGCUUCGUUUUACAAGAGUGAUACGAGUGCUAAAGCUGGCACAUCACAUCGAGGCACUUCGCUUGCUGGGCUAUACCAUAAAACAAUGUUUAUAUCUACUAGUGGGGCUCAUGUUGUUGGUCGCUAUUUUAACAAUAUCAUUGUCAUCUCUGAUCUAUUUUGCUGAAAAGGACUUAAAAACAUCGUCAAUCAAAGAUUCGCCUGACGCAGCAUGGUUUGUCAUUAUUACAUUAACCAAUGUUGGAUAUGGUGAUGUAGUCCCGGCCUCUGUGCUUGGUAAGAUGGUUGGAGCAAUCACGACGAUACUAGGAAUUUUGAUCGUGUUCAUCCUACCUGCGCCAGUAUUGCUUAAUCAUUUCGAGGAAAUUUAUAGCCUUCGCAAAGAGCGAAAGAAGUUGAAAGACGCCGGCAUAAAAAUAGAUGGAAGCGUCGCAGAUAUAUUACAGAAUAUAUCCUAAGGCUGUGCACAAACUACAGAUAUUCGGAUGACGGGAAAAGAUAUCUCACUUAACCAAGAAAACCGUAAUUAAGGACCAACAUGGCCUUUCUUAUCAGAAUGUGGCUUAACUAUGGCAUCAAAGUCUGUUCAACUAAUUAAGUAGAUUAGAUUAUAAUGUAGAUUGCCAAUAUAACCAGAGAGCAGCGUG